AUGGAAGCCUUCGAUGCCCCUUCUCUGUCUCCCUUUAGCCCCACAUCUCAUGGCAAGAUGGCUGGGAUUCAGGGGGCCACGGUGCAGAGCAUCCGGCCCUACAAGUCCAGCGAGCAGUAUCUCUACGCCAUGAAGGAGGACCUGGCCGAGUGGCUCAAGGAACUCUAUGACGUGGACGUCAACGUUGGGUCCCUCCUGGAGGUGCUGGAGACGGGCUCCAUGCUGUGCUACCAUGCCAACAACAUCACCCACGUGGCCGGAGAGUUCUCCCGGGACUAUCCGGGCCUGGCCCACAAGCUCCAGCUGCCCAGAUAUGGGGUGACGUGUAAUGACUCUGCCCAGCCAGGGACCUUCCAGGCCAGGGAUAACGUGUCUAACUUCAUCCAGUGGUGCAGGAAGGAGAUGGAUAUUAAAGAGGUGCUGAUGUUUGAGACGGAGGACCUGGUGCUGAGGAAGAACGAGAAGAACUUUGUGCUGUGCCUGCUGGAGGUGGCCCGCCGGGCCUCUCGCUUCGGGAUGAGUGCUCCCACCCUGAUCCAAAUGGAGGAGGAGAUCGAGGAGGAGAUCCGAGAGGAGAUGGACCUGCCCCCUGAGGAUACCCCACUUCCCAAGCCGCAGAGGAAGCCUUGUGACUUCAAGAACCUGGACCAGAUGGUCCAACACCUGGUGAGCCGGUGCACGUGCCCAGUCCAGUUCUCCAUGAUCAAGGUGUCUGAAGGAAAAUACCGCGUGGGCGAUUCCAACACCCUUAUUUUUGUCAGGAUCCUCCGGAAUCAUGUCAUGGUGCGGGUUGGAGGUGGCUGGGACACGCUGGAGCAUUAUCUGGAUAAGCAUGAUCCCUGCCGGUGCACCUCGCUGUCACACAAGCAGGCUGUCAAGCUGACAAGCCCUCAAAGGCUGCAGGCAAUACAGGUGCAGCACGAGAUCAAGGUCUGCCCGACACCCAGGACAGACAACCCAAAGAAGCCCCAGCCCACCCUGAUCGUGAGCAGGUCCCAAAGCCCACUGCCCCCAGUGGAGUGGAGGACCUACACCCCACAGAGCCUCAGCACCAACCGGAAGCCUCGUUCAUCUGCAUCGCCAGAGAGCACCAGGCUCAGGUCCCCGCGGGAGCAGUCAGAACCCAGGCGGGUCCCUUCGGCCAGGGCAACAGAGCGGUCUGCUACUCCUUCGCGGAGGCAGCUAUUUGCUGAAGAAAGAUCUGCUACCCACCAGAACUCCUCCACCCAGAGCGGGAGGGAUAAGCUGUGUGUUUCUAUGUCUUCACUGACAUCGCAGCUGACUGGAAGCGAGGAGGAUGGUUCUGGUGCCUCGGAAGCUCUCCCGGAGCCCCAGAGAGGGCGACAGACUAGUAGAAUCCCUGGGAUGAAUCAGAAGGACCCAGCUAGGUUUGUGCAAGCUAGCUGUACAGAGUCCAGGCCUCAGACGACAGUGCCAAAGGACAGAACAGCUCAGCCGCCAAGGAGCGCCCAGUAUGGAGUCAAACCCGUUCCACAGGCUCACAAGCCUGAGGAAUCAGGGGUCAAGACCUUUCCUGGGAUGGUCCGUUCCUCCAGCCCAAUGAAACCCCAUCAUCUCUCCCCACAACGGGAUUCCAAGGGAGCUGCACAGAGCCACAACGCUGCACAUGGCUGGGGGGAUGCUGGGGUUGUGAGGCCAUCCUCCCCAGUCAAACACAUGGGCCAGACUCCAAAAAGUAGCACUAAGAUCCCAGUCAAAGCCGGCCCCGCAUUCAGCAGGCCCCCAACCCCUGUUCAGAGCUACCAGGGGGAGCCCCGCCUCCGAAAUGGGUGGAAAGUCCCUGCCGGUGAAAUGGCAAAAGCCCCAGCUCUCUCAAAGAGCAAAGUCAUGUCCAGGGCUGAGGAUGGCUUUCAGGGGCACAGACAUUGCAGUGGGGCAGUCAAGCCAGAGACAUUGACGACCAACCUUCCCACUAGCCCAAAAGACAGACUCAGCCAGUCAGCUCCAGCAGGGAAGGACAAGGGUCCAAACACCAGACUGGUGCAGGAGGUAGAGCCAGGAAACACCAAAGACAGCAGCAGCAGCAGGAGUGGUGGAGAUCCAAUAGGCUGCAGAGAGGAGAGGGAACGCGUGUAUACACCUUUGCCCAUCAACCUGGCCCAGGAGCGGGCGCUGUACAGGAGCCUAGAAGAUGAGAUCUUAUCCAACAUAAAGGUUCUAGAGGCUGAUUCUGAUGAAAGCCACUGCCCUGAGGGGAACCAGCUGGACGACUUCGCUCUGGACUGCAGCAUAGCGAGCGUCACCGCCGCCAGUGAUGUAAGUGGGCUCAGGUCCUCCACACCCUCCCUGUCUUCCUUGACAAGCGCCAGGCAGACCUUGCCAUGUGGCGAGGAUGUGCCUCGUAGUGGUGUCUAUGUGCCCAGCGGAGUGGCAAAAUGGCACCCGGCUGGAUUCCGCUAUGGUGAUGUGAUCGACGAACUCUCCCAGGGGCACAACACACUCCACCCAGUGGACGUGGAGAACUGGAUCACCAAGAUACCACCCAAGGGGGCUGUGAGGGUUUCCUCUCAGCCAAGUUCGCCUCUGGUGAAUGGAAACCAGGUGGAAAAGAAGCUUCUGGAGCCAGAAGGGGCUUUGUUCCAGGAGAACGUGUCCAAUGAAACCAAAGGCAACUGGUUAAGGAGGCAGCCAUCUCUCACAAGCCAUGCAGGGUCUGCUGUAGUCAGUAGAAAUAGCAAAGCUCCUCAGGCAGCCUCUGAUGGCCCCAAGGCAUCUAUCAAUUCUCCAGCCUCUGUGGGUGGCCUUGAAAAGUCCAAACUGCCUCAAGGUAAGCCCAAAAGGUCCCUGAAGAAGCCUGAACGGGUGCCAUCCAUCUACAAGCUAAAACUACGCCCCAAAAUCCGCCCACGCAGGGACAACAGACCUGAGAAACGGCCAUCCAAAAUCCCCACUCCAGUGACCUAUCGACAGGCACAGAAAGCAGCCAGCGUCAAAGCCCAAGAGAAGGCCCACAGCUCAAAGCAUCAGACCCGGCCAACUCAGGACAGCCUGGAUAGCACAAGGCAGAACAGCACAGGAAAUGCUGGGUCCGAGGAAGAGGCUUGGCUUUCAGAACAUAGUGACUCCCCACAAGCUGGGAAGAAGACAGUCCUAGCAGAUACCAAAGUGUGGCUCACAGAAGAAGAUGAGGAAUCCUGGGUCUGA